AUGGACCCCAACAAAGACAACCCUCCAAAGCCUACUCCUGAAACACCCGAGUCUGUACCUGUUCAAAAAAAACCUUCCCUCGACAACACAAAAUCAAACCAAGACAACAGUGACAAUUCCUCCAGCCAGGUCAAGUCUCCUGUUGACCAUCCUGUUGUUGCUCUUAUGAACCGUACUCCAAGGAACUGUCGCUCUCAAUAUCGCAAGGACACCAAACUGGCAGGUGCCAGUGUCAGCGACAAACAUAGUAACAUCGAUAAUGCUGCUUCUGAACCUAUUUCAUCUCUAAAAGAAUCUACCAUCGACAAGUCUACUGAUGAACAAAAGAAUGAUGCUGCUGAUAUUACCACUACUAAGCAGUUCGAUGUUACCGGUUUUCGCAAUGUAUCUCCACUGAAGGAACCUAAUACUACUUCCACCCAGCCUACAAAUGGCUCUACUGAGAACAAUGUCUCUGCUUCUCCACAGUUAAGCGCAAAGAAGACCACCAAAAAGCACAAGAAAAGAAACAAAAAGAACAGCAAAGAUUGUUCCUCAGAAAGCUCCUCUUCUUCCUCGCAAGAUUCUUCAAGCGAAGACUCUGCACCUAAAAAGAGAAAGAAGAAAAGGUCCAAAAACAAGCGCGGAAAAAAGGCUGCCAGUAAAAAGAUCUCCACCACUGCUUCUAGCAACAACACCAAUUCCGACUCUAACUCUACCUCUGACUCGACUUCAGGCUCCGCCUCCAGCAUCGUCGUGCAGAAGAAGAAGAGUCCUUCAAAGAGGGCUACCAAGAGCGAUUCUGAAUCUAACGGCAAAGAAUCCAAGAAGAAGCUUAAAAAAAUUCCUCUUGCCGCGCCUUCCCCUUCCAAGCAGAAUACCUAUGCUCGGCCUAGCAAAGGCACAGAUUCCAAACAGUCAUCUCGUGACAACGCAACUCCUACAGCUUUCUUUUUACAUGCGAAUAGUCUUUCAACCUCGAGCAACCCUCGCGCCUCCUCCGGAAAUGCUGCUCCAGUUGCUUCUAUUAUCGGCCACCAAGCUAAUCCUGCAGUCGCCAUUCCUCCUGCGGCAGCACGUCCGGCUAUCCCUGCAGCCGGAGGAGUGCUUCUUCCUCCAGCUCCUCAAAUCGCACCUGGGCCCGCCGGAUUGCCACAAUUCCUUCGUCAGAAAACAAAGGCUGAUGCCGGUGGAGCUUCUCGUACUGGUGCAUUCACUGCUGGAUAUGCCCGCGGUGUUCAAUUCAUCUGUGCUAAAACCAAGAGCAAUGAUAUGAUUUGCAAAAUCAUGAAGGGUGAUACGGGUGCCUAUGUCUAUCCCCUGUUGCAAUAUCUUCGCGACAAUACCGGUUUCGCCAAAAGAGUUCUCCACAUUGACCAUGUCUUGAACCUCCGCGACCCCCAAGAACCUCAUGAGCACCUCGAGGUCAUGAGUAGGGGUGGUUACGGUCGUCGCACCACCUGUCUCCUUUUCGUCCUUGACAGCGAUGCUCAAGCGAGUGCCAACACUGCUGCAAACCGUCGUGCCUGGGUUGAUGCCCUCGUCAGGUUCUGGAACCACCCCAAUACCCAGCGCCUUUUUCGUUAUGCCGAAAGAGCCCAUUGGGGAGCUGACCUCACCCCCCAUGAUGAGUCCAUGGCUCAGCCCUUGUCAUACUGGUUGACAAUUCGUGAUACGAUGGAUGUUAUUGUGGAUUCAUACCCUCAAUUCACAUCUAUUGGAGAUGUUCUCCGUGCCCCUGCUGUGCUUCCUUUUUACUAUUCUAAUGCUCUCAUUCCAGAGGUCCAGACACAUUUUGCACCUUACAACAACCCCGUCCCCGAUGCCGAUCCUGAUGGUGCCCCAACUUUCAAUGGUCAAGAGCAUGAAGGCGGAGACUAUGCCGGCUUUCAAGGUGCCCCCUUUUAG